UUCGCACAAUUUGGGAGGCAGAAAGCUCGUAUGAAAAAUUUGUACGCGCGAGUCCUGGGAUCUCUCCCCUGCGAGUCGGCGUCGCGCGUCUGCUGUCUGCUGUUGUUGACGUUUUGCAGCCACUGGCAGAAGCCUCGAACCUCUCAAGCUCUUUUAUGGCUUCCUCGUGAACCAUAUUCCAACCUCAGACUAGGAAUAUGCCGUACGACCAACUCAGUCAUUUUGACGAAAAAAGCGGCACUGUGCGGAGUGCGACACCCUGGGGUUCCUGGUGGCAGACCGUUCAUGAGGUGCACAUUGAGGUUAACUUACCAGCCAACACAAGAUCCAAAAAUAUCCAAGUAAACAUUCAGCCAAAAAGCAUCGAGGUCAAAGUACUGGGGGAAGUUGUGAUUAAAGGAAAUCUUCUUAAAGCUGUUCAUGGUGACGACUCUUUGUGGACCAUAGAAGAUGGCUCUAUUCUAGACAUUGUUCUCAGUAAAUCCGAUACCUUCAAGCAAGAUGAAAUAUGGGAGUCGCUACUGGAAGAAGAAGGGUAUAAGCCGGACCCUUUGACUCUGCAUGAGAUGAGGAAGAAGUUAGAUCUUGAAAGAUUCCAGUUGGAGAACCCUGGCUUUGACUUCAGCCAGGCAAAACUGCAGAAAUGUUACGACUCACCUCCUGUUUAAUAGUUUACAAAAAGCGCUGUCAGAUAUUUUGAAUGUUCCUUUUGUUGAUUUUGACUGUUAUUACCCUUGUUCCACCAAGAUAUGUUCACUCUAAAAAAAAUGCAGUUUCAUUAGUGGAAAUUGUGUCUCAAUAGCAAUAAACUAUGUACUCAGUCUAA